AGUCAACGAAACACUGAUGGCGGCCAAGUCGGGCUCGUCUUCGAGCAUGCAGCAUCCGAAAGCACUGGGCGCCGAGAGCACGCACACCUCGGUACCAACAGAGGAACCAGGACCGCCACACCUUUGCGGGAAGGGAACAAUACAUUUCUGGAAGAACUUCGCUUUUGAACUGGAGGGUCGGCCCUACAUUCGCGUGAACCACGACAUAAACAUAGAGGAAGUACUCAACAUCUUUACACGAGAGUGGAAGUUCACACUUCCCCGCAUUGUGCUCGUGAUGAUCUCUAGUCUCAGCAAAUGGCAAGAAUGGAGCACCCCACGCCAGCUAGAGAACUUCAAGGAAGGCUUGAUCAAGGCGGCAAAUACGACGGCCAUGUGGAUACUGACAAACGGAAUCAACAUUGGCAUCGCCAAGGAAAUCGGCUCCCGUGUGAACGACGAACUGGUGCAGAGGCAGAUAAUAUGGUGCCACAAGCACCCACACACUGACUUCGAGAAACUUCCGCCUCUGUGCCUGCUGGGUAUCGUGCGGGAGGACCUCCUCACUUGCGCCGACAAAUUCGAGGCAAACAAGGAAGGUUCAAUAUACAUAGAAAACAGCGGCAGCCGACCUGAAGAAAACAAAUACGACUUGAACCCCGAUCAUACUCAUUUUAUUAUUGUUAAAGAUGAUACAGUGAACAAAACUGGGCUGAAUUAUUUCAUGCUAAAGCUGGAACAGCAGCUAUCAAUGACGUCAGACGACGAUAACGCGCUCAGCCCCCAUGGAGACAUAGAGGCAUCGGCGCUGUACUCGGCCGAAAUACCACUGAUAGCGAUCGUGUGCCAGGGAGGCACUGGAUGCAACAAGAUGGUCUUGGAACACAUCAAGAAACAGCUACCCGUGCUUGUCAUCCAGGGUAGUGGAGGUGUUGCUGAUUUGCUGGCACUCGCAUACAACGAAAUUGACAGACGUGGCGUAACAAUCUGGGAUCCUGAAUUCAUUGAGAAUGUCCUCAAGCCAGAAAUAAACUCCCACAUAUGCCAGAUGUUCCCAAAGUUUCGAGACAACGCACUUUCAAGGAACUUGUUCAAGGACAGAAUCAUCGAGUGUCUGCGCAUUGCGAGCCAGACUCAAGACCAAAUGUACUUUACGGUCAUUAACAUUCAGCACCACCACAAUAACCUACAGCACCUUGACGACAUUCUCGUGAAAGCCGUGUUUAAAUCGCAAGUGCAGCACCACCUGGCUCACCAAAUUAAAAAGGACCUGCUUCUCACACUCGAUUGGAACUGCCCCCACGUAGCUAUGACAAAGGUCUUUUCAAAGGACUUCGCUCAGCAGUAUCAGAUUGACCGGGAAGACUUCGAGUACGCAUUGCUGAAGCCAAAACGAGAAGAGUUCUUGCACAUUUUUCUCAAUCGAGGAUUUCUAAUUCACAAGUACUUGGACCCUAAAAGACUUCGGCAACUGUUUGCCAAGAUACAGCAUGAAGAGUUCUUUCGGACAGUUUGUUGGGAAGGAGCACUUGGACACAGCCUGCUCUCAAAGAUCGGCAGAAACUUCAUUGAAACCGACUUGAACUGGCUCAUAGAGACAACGACCGGCCUGCGAGACUUUCUCAACCAGGAGGAGCUUUCCGCCAACAGUGCUGUAGGCACAUACGUCAAGGAUGCUGCAUCGGCUGAGCGCAAGGCUCUCGUCAUCCUUUCUCUGUGGGCCGUCUUUACAAACCGUCGCAAGACGGCUGAAGUGCUAUGGAAAAACUGUGACCAGCCUAUCCACUUGGCAUUAUUGGUGUCCAUGACAUACGAGAAGCUCACCGCGUACGUCUCAGAAGGCACCAUCAAACAGGAGCUUCUAGACACGAGCAAGUGA